AAGCUUUCAGCAGCCAACAAAAAAAAUUAAAUCUAGAAAAAAAAAUGAACUGAUUCAGCUCACCUCAACAGUCAAAGUCACCCAUAAACAAAAUCCAUUUACUCUAUUUUCCCUCUUUCUCUCUCCUCCUUUUCGUGUGUGUCCAUAAGCAGCAAAAUUUAUAUCUGUGUUUGUCUCUUUAAUCCCACCUGUUGGAUAUUCUGAAGUAAUCAAGGUUCUGAUCUGUGAAUCUAAGGUUUAAGACGAAGUGGUGGUGCUAAAUGCAGAGGCAGACAAGGGCUAUGGAGAGAUCCAAUAGUAUGAGGGGCAAACGGAGUUUGGAUAGUGGCGGCGGCAGUGGUGGUGGGGAUGAUGAACAGCCGGAGCGCAAGCGGCCGGCUUUAGCUAGUGUGAUUGUUGAAGCUUUGAAGGUGGACAGCUUGCAGAGACUUUGUUCAUCAUUGGAACCUAUCCUCCGUAGAGUUGUCAGUGAAGAAGUGGAACGUGCUCUGGCUAGGAUAGCCCCCGCCAAAAUCAAUGGGAGGGCUUCGCCAAAAAGAAUUGAGGGAUCCGACGGAAGGAACUUGCAGCUGCAUUUCAGAUCAAAACUAUCACUUCCUCUGUUCACAGGAGGCAAAGUUGAAGGAGAGCAAGGUGCUGCAAUCCAUGUUGUAUUAAUUGAUGCCAACACAGGUCAUGUGGUGUCAUCUGGGCCUGAAUCAUCCAUGAAGCUUGAUAUUGUUGUGCUUGAAGGUGAUUUUAACAAUGAAGAUGAUGAAGAUUGGUCUCAAGAAGAGUUUGAGAGCCAUGUAGUAAAAGAACGUGACGGAAAGAGACCGCUUUUGCAUGGGGAGUUGCUUGUCACUCUCAAAGAAGGUGUAGGUACACUUGGAGAACUUACAUUCACUGAUAAUUCGAGUUGGAUAAGGAGCAGGAAGUUCAGGCUGGGCCUCAAGUUGGCCACAGGAUCUUGUGAGGGCAUGCGUAUACGUGAAGCGAAAACAGAAGCCUUUACUGUCAAGGAUCACAGAGGGGAAUUAUAUAAGAAGCACUAUCCUCCGGCCCUUACUGAUGAUGUUUGGAGAUUGGAGAAGAUUGGGAAAGAUGGAUCUUUCCACAAGAGGCUGAAUACCGCUAGGAUUUAUACCGUGGAGGAUUUUCUCCGACUUGCGGUCAGAGAUCCUCAAAAAUUGAGAACGAUUCUUGGUAGUGGCAUGUCUAAUAGGAUGUGGGAUGCUCUCAUGGAGCAUGCAAAGACAUGUGUUCUGAGUGGAAAGCUGUAUGUUUAUUAUUCUGAUGAUGAAAGAAACGUUGGCGUGGCAUUCAACAAUAUAUAUGAGCUAAGUGGUCUAAUUGCUGGAGAACAAUUUAUUUCUGCCGAUUCUCUCUCGGAUAGUCAAAAGGUAUAUGUUGAUACCCUUGUGAAGAAAGCAUAUGACAACUGGCAUCAGGUGAUAGAGUACGAUGGCAAGGCACUUUUGAAUUCUAAACAGACCAGACGGACACGUUCAUCUCAGAAUGAGUUAACCAUGAAUACAAUCAAUUAUUCAAAUCCUAUUGAUAGUCAGUUAGCUCUACCUCGGCUACCUGUUGCAGUUUCUUCUGAGCAGGGGUUGUUAGAGAAUAAUGUAGUGACUCCAGGAUAUAAUGAUAAUCUGGUAAACAGAUUCCCUAAUCAUCAGUCACAGCUGAUGAAUCCCAUCUCACAUAAUCAGUUUGAGAGCACCUCAUUUUCUCAGCAUGGUCUGAUCGGCGGCGGCAGUUCAGUACAAACCCAUAUUAUUGGGAAUGAUAACAGAGCAUCAGGGUUGGCCGCCGUUUCUGGAUCUGAAUUUCAGGUUAUACAACAACCAUCUCAGCCGUCCAACAUCAACCCUUACGAUGACUGGCCACAGAACCAGAUUUCAGAGGAUGACAUCCGCAACAGAAGUCACGAGUUACUUGAAAGUGAUGAUAUGCAGCAGCUUCUGAGACUUUUCAGCAUGGGUGGCGGCCAUGUAAAUAUGACUGAUGAAGCCUUUUCAUCAUACCCGUCAUUCAUGCCUACACCAUCUACAUACAAUAGCUUCGAGGAGGAUCGCAGUCGUUCUGGUAAAGCUGUUGUUGGUUGGCUGAAGAUAAAGGCGGCUAUGAGGUGGGGUUUCUUUAUCAGGAAGAAAGCAGCAGAGAGGAGGCGUGCACAGCUUGUGGAGUUGGAUGACUGAACUCAGCUAGUUUGUUAAUGGGAUCUAGCAACCAUAAAAGUGUCUUUUGUACAGUAUCCUCCUGUACAGUGAUUUGUAAUUCUUGUAACCUCUGUCAUUUUAACUUGAACCUCCUUCUUCAUAACUUUGUUCAAUCUGUCGCGAGUUUUUGAUUUUAUAGGAAAUGCAGAAAUGCUGAUGGUGUUGUUUCACCUGUACUUUAGGGAGAAAAUUCUAACGAAGGACUGAUUCUCUAUAUAGUCUUGUAUUUUUAUUUAUAUCUGGAUGAACUGUCUUUUCAACUUUGGUAUAUGUAUAUAGGCUUCUGGAACA